AUGCGCGGCGGUCAUGAACCCGCUCCUCUCCAACAGGCUGCUCGGGGCCAUGUAACUGAAACCUCCAAAGGGAUCUUCGGGAGAAGUCAUCGUCUUCGCGGCGGUAAACGGGAUCGCAGCAGGACGGCUGGCCGACUGGUGGUUGCCACAGACGCCGUGUCGUCACCGCUGGUGCUACCACGGCUGCUGCCAGGACGCUCGCGGCUCUGGGCUCGGCUGGUGACAUUGCUGAGGAUGCUGGUGCGCCUGCUCAUGGGAGCAGCAACAGGAGGCGGUCCCAUGGGGAAAGGAAACGGCGAAGUGAUGCGACUGUUGCUGCGGGACAUGGAGCUCGCCCUCGGCGGGGUAGCCGCGAUGUCAAGGCUGAGUGGCUCCAUCUUGGAGCGCAGCAUGGCGAUACCGCUCAUGCCGGGUGAGGGGACGGCCUUGAGGACCGGGCUGCAGUUGGCACUGACGAUGUCGUUGAUGACGGGAGUGCGAGGUUGCCGUCCCCGCUGUGGGGUUCUCGGAGGUAGCGUCGUGGUGGUCGCGGUCCCGUUGGACUUGGCGGUCCUGACGCCAUGCUCCGAAUCCUCGUCGCAAGAGACAGGCUGUGUGUUGGUCUGA